CUCACUCUGUUUGCGCCUCUCUCUCUCUCUCUCUCUCUCUCUCUCUCUCCAUUCCUUUCUUCUUCUUCUUCCCCUCUUUGUUCUGCUCCUUCACUCCUUCCUCAUGAGACCUCCUCAGUGAAAACUCUAUUCUCCAUCGUCCUCCCUCUCCUUCUCACUCCUCAGGUACGCUACACGACUCCUGUUGCUCGCAGUCCGCCGGCAGCUCCCCGGAGGUUGUGUUGAUUCGGUUCUGCUGUCGCGUUUGGUUGAAGAGAAAGAGGAAUUCAGAACCGCUGGAGGGAACUUAGCGCAAGGAUAUAUGUCCUUCUAUCAAUCAAGGUCCGACAAGAGCGAUCCAGCACACUACCGCAAAUCUGGGCGAUCCGCGAGCUUCAAUCACCCGCGGAACUCCUCAGGCGCUUACGCUAAGGGCGGUGCCCCCGCCCCUUCCCCUUCCCUCUCCUCCUCCAACAACCGAAGCUUCAAGAAGCCGGGUAACCAACCUCGAGGGAGCCUUCCAUCGUCAAAUCACCAUCCGCAGCAGACCACCAAUGCUCCACCUGCUCUGCAUAAUGUGCAUGGCGGUGCAUCUGCACAGUCUCAAACACGUGGAUCAUCAAAUGCGGCGGUUCCAAGUGCAACUUCCAGACCUGCUGAAACGACUUCAGCCCCACCUUGGGGCACUGAAACUGCUUCGAAGGCUCCAACUUCUCAGUCUACCUCCAUGAGGACUGAAACUACAGCUUCUGCUACCCCUGUAAAAGGAGAUGCAUCCAAGGGAUUUGCUUUCCAAUUUGGUUCUAUAAGUCCUGGUUUAGUGAACGGGAUGCAGAUUCCUGCGAGAACUAGCUCUGCUCCUCCAAAUAUUGACGAGCAGAAAAGGGACCAGGCACUUCAUGAUACUAUGAAAUCUGUUCCUCCAGUGCCUAUUCCUCCUGCUGUGAAGCAGCAGUCACCAAGGAAGGAUUUGGGAUCUACUGACCAUUCAGGUGCUGCUGAGGUUCACUCAACCGCCAAGACCAAAAAGGAUACUCAGGCCCACCUUGUUUCUUCGGCUAUCCAGGCACAGAAGCACCAUGUUCAUCAAGUUCCUCGGAUGUCCACGCCUAUGACAUUUCACCAGCCACAAAUUCCUGUUCAAUUCAGUGGUCCCAACCCGCAGAUCCAAUCACAAGGCAUGCCACCCACUUCAAUUCAGAUGCACUUGCAAAUUCCUAUGCCACUACCAGUGGCUAAUGCACCUCCCCAAGUGCAGCAGCAGAUGUUUGUUCCAGGUCUCCAAUCGCAUCAAUUGCCACCCCAGGGGAUCCGCAAUCAGGGGCGGGGUUUGAGUUUUUCUCCGCUGCCUGCUCAGUUGGGAAAUUUGGGAAUGGGUAUUGGACAGUAUCCCCAGAAGCAAGGAGGACAGUUUGGUGGUCCUCGCAAAACUCCAGUAAAAAUAACUCAUCCUGACACACAUCAAGAGGUGAGGCUUGAUAAGCCAUCAGAUGCUUCUUCAGAUGGUGGGUCAUCAAGCAGAUCGCAGCCUAAUGUGCCUCCUCAAUCCCCACCCCUUUCAUCAUAUCUACCUGCUCAUCAAUUCAAUUAUUACAAUAAUUACGGUGCAAGCACUUUGUACUUCCCUGGCCCUGGUUCUCUUCCCGUGCCAGGUUCUCAAAUAGCGCCAACUUCUCAGGGGCCAAGAUUUAAUUAUCCCAUUAGCCAGGGUCCUCAAAGUGCUUCAUUCCUGAAUCCCCCGGCUAGUAACUCAUUGUCUUCUGGUAGGACUGGUAUCUCAAAGCAGGGAACUGUUCAGCAGGCUCGCCAAGUGCAUCCACAAAAUUCAUGUGAUGAAACCAGCAUUGUUUCCUCUAUGGCAGAGGAGGCAGUCAAACAAGUAGAUGGUUUUGUUAAUGGGAAUACCACCAGUUUAUCUUCAUUAUAUAGCUCAGCUGCGGCUGUAAAAAUUGAACCUCCUAAACUUUCAAGACAAUCUGGUGAAUCCUCUUUGAAGGAUUCUGAGGUUGGUCCUGGAGGAUCUUCACCGAAGUCUAGAAAUGAUAGGGAAUCAGCAUCCUUUGAAUCAGAGUCCGAGCCAAAUAAAGACAAUUCGGCACGAGUUUCUUGUGUUUCCCAUGAGUGUACAGAAUCCAGCAGUUCCUCUGUUGAUUGCCCACUCCCAGAUGUUUCUGCAUCAACCUUGGCUAAUGCUGGAGGUGGAAAAUGGGAGAAUUAUAGCAGGUCCAGUUCCAUGGAGGACGGUGCCAAGAACCAGUACGAGGUGGGAAAUAGGUGUCAACUGCCUCAGGUUGAGGAGCAUGCUCCAACUAUGUCAAGCUUCAUUUCACAUAGUUCUCCAAGUGAUCGGGAUUUUCAAGGAGUGGGAGCUCAAGCAGAUGGCUUUUCUGCAUCAGGAAUUAGUGACGGCGUAGUGAAGUCUAGACAUGAGUUACUUUCAAGAACAGGUGCUAGUGCUGCUAGUAUUUCUGAACAAAUGAGUGAUACGAUGGGGAAAGGAAGUGGUUCCAUUUCUCCUGAAAUUUCUAGUGCUGUAAUUACCGACAAAUCUGCUGACCCUGGUUCCCUGCAAAAUGAAGAGUUGGCUAAAAGGAUUAAUAAAGGAGAAGAUCAAGGAAUUACAGAACACGUUGAUGGAGCUAAAGCUUCAUUUGGUGAUUGUCAGUAUGAUUCAGAAUCAACUUCUUUAAAAUCUUCUGAAGUAAAGGCGGUCGAACAAAAAUCCGUCUAUAUGGUAGAAAGUGGUGCUGAAAAGGUUCCAGAGGUUUGUUCUGAAAAGAAUGACCAGAAUGAAAAAGUUAGUGGCAGGAUUGAUGAUUCCAAGAUUUCUACAUUUUCUGAGGUGGAUGAUAGUGCUAAAGAAUCUGUUCCAUGCACAAUCCCUUCUGCAGGUUCUGAUUGUAUCGAGAUUUCUAGUAUGAAAGCACCUGAAAGGAGUGAGAGCAUUGUCAGUGAAGAGGUGGCAGGUUCUGAUAUUACCUUUUCAGGACUUAAGGAAAAAGCUAGAACCGAUGAAGAUGUUAUGGGUAAAAAUGCUGGAAAGGGGGAAUCAGUGCAAAUUUUGAGUUCCAAUGAUAAGCCGGUUCCAGAGCUCAAUAGGUCUAAGAGUACGACAGCUAGGGGAAAGAAGAAGAGAAGGGAGCUCUUUCAAAAGGCAGAUGCUGCUGGUUCUACUUCAGAUCUUUAUAUGGCUUACAAGGGUCCGGAGGAAAAGGAGACUAUCAUUCCCUCAGAAAGUGUGGAAAUUGCUCCCCAAAGCCCUAGUUCUAAGCUGGAGGUGACUGAUGCUCAUUUAACUGAAGCUGCAGCAAGUGAAGACGGUGAUCAAAGUAAAGCUGAACUGGAUGAUUGGGAAGAUGCUGCCGACAUCUCCACUCCAAAAUUGGAAACUACCACUAGUGGGAGACCUGCUAACCGUCAAGAAGGUGCUGGCUGUACAACUAAGAAAUAUUCUAGAGAUUUCCUUCUGAAAUUUGCAGAUCAAUGCACGUCCCUUCCUGAGGAUUUUCAGGUCACUUCUUAUAUAGCAGAGGCCUUUACACCUGGUGUGAACAUAUCCCAUUCUGUUGGACGGGACCCUCACCCGAGUCCUGGGAGACCCAGUGCGGGACCUCGGUUGGAUCGUCGUGGAAGUGCCGUGCGUGAUGAUGAUAGGUGGGCUAAUACCCCUGGGUCUUUUGCCAUUGGCCACGACCUGCGUCUUGAUGUCGGGAUUGGUGGUAACCUAGGUUAUCGACUCGGGCAAGGAGCUAAUUCUGGUGUUCUGUGGAAUCCUCGUGCCCAGAGCUCGAUCCAUCAUGCUGGUGGGAUGCUACCUGGGCUGAUGCAACCACCCGGAUCUCAGGGAGGGAUGCAAAGAACUGGCUCUGAUGCUGACAGAUGGCAGCGUGCCACAGGUUUCCAGCAGAAGGGUUUGAUUCUGUCUCCUCAGACUCCAUUGCAGAUGAUGCACAAAGCAGAGAAGAAGUAUGAGGUGGGAAAAGUCACAGAUGAGGAGCAAGCCAAGCAAAGGCAGUUGAAAGCAAUCUUGAACAAGUUGACUCCUCAGAACUUUGAGAAGCUAUUCGAGCAAGUGAUAGCAGUUCAAAUUAACAAUGCUAUCACGCUCAUAGGGCUUAUUUCACAGAUAUUCGACAAGGCAUUAAUGGAGCCUACAUUUUGUGAAAUGUAUGCAGACUUGUGUUCUCAUCUAUCUCAAGCCCUGCCUGAUUUCCAUGAAGGUGAUGAGAAGAUAACUUUCAAGAGAUUACUCUUGAACAAGUGCCAGGAAGAAUUUGAAAGAGGCGAGAGGGAGCAAGAGGAAGCGAAUAAAGUCGAGGAAGAAGGUGAGGUUAAACAGACCGAGGAAGAAAGAGAGGAGAAGAGGAUUAAGGCACGAAGAAGAUUAAUGUUGGGAAACAUCAGAUUGAUUGGUGAGCUUUACAAGAAAAGAAUGCUGACCGAGAAGAUCAUGCACGAGUGCAUGAAAAAGCUUUUGGGUCAGUAUCAGACACAGAUUCCUGAUGAGGAAGACCUCGAGGCCUUGUGCAAGUUAGUGAGUACAAUUGGAGAGAUGAUUGACCAUUCCAAAGCAAAGAUUCAUAUGGAUGCGUAUUUCGAGAGGAUGACAGUGUUAUCGAACAACAUGACUCUUUCUUCAAGAGUUAGGUUCAUGUUGAAAGAUGCGAUUGACUUAAGAAAGAACAAAUGGCAGCAGAGAAGGAAAGUUGAGGGACCCAAAAAGAUUGAGGAAGUGCACAGAGAUGCAGCACAAGAACGGCAUGCACAGGCUGGUAGGGCUGCCCGUUCCUCUGGAAUCAAUACCUUGGGAAGAAGGGGCCCACAGAUGGAGUAUGCUUCUAGAGGUAAUCCAUCUUCUCCCAAUGCACAGAUGGGUAGCUUCCGUGGCUCAUCCUCGCAAACUCGUGGUUAUGGAGCUCAAGAGGCUCGUUUUGAGGAAAGACAGCCUUAUGAGCCUAGAACCUUGGCCAUACCCUUGUCUCAAAGGUCUGCAGGAGAUGAUAUGAUCACCUUGGGUCCCCAGGGUGGGCUUGGGAGGGGAUUGUCUGUGAGAGGGCCAUCAUCAGUGUUAGGAACUUCAUUGUCUGAUGUCUCUUCUAGUGCAGUAGAUGGUCGGAGAACCCAGGCUGGUUUAAAUGGUUUCAGUUCCAUAGACAGGGCAAACAGCUACACCUCGAGGGAGGAUUCUACGAUGAGAUCUGCUGCAGGUCAGUACGCGGGGCCCGAGCUGUCGGAUAGGUUGAAUGACCAUGGUGGCAGGGAUAGAAGUCCACGCUAUAGUUCUGAUAGGCCUUCUACAUCUCCUCUGUCCUCCCGAGGGAAUGGCCUAGUGUCUACUCAGAAUGCCCCUUCAGAAAAUAUAUGGCCUGAAGAGAGGCUCCGAGAUAUGUCCAUUGCUGCUAUCAGAGAAUAUUACAGUGCAAAAGAUGAGAAAGAAGUUGAACUAUGCAUCAAGGAUCUGAAGUCACCGAGCUUCUACCCGUCCAUGGUCUCUCUCUGGGUGACGGACUCUUUCGAGAGGAAGGACAUGGAAAGAGAUCUUCUAACGAAGCUCCUCAUCAACCUCUGUAAGCCUCAAGAUGGCAUGUUGACCCAAGUCCAGCUCAUCCAAGGGUUUGAGUCGGUCCUGACCACUCUGGAAGAUGCAGUAAAUGAUGCUCCGAAAGCACCGGAAUUCCUCGGGCGAAUGUUCGGCAGGGUAGUUGCGGAGAAUGUGGUUCCACUGAGCGAGAUCGGGCGGAUACUGCAUGAAGGUGGGGAGGAGCGGGGCCAGCUUGUAGAGGCUGGGCUAGCAGCAGAUGUCCUUGGGAGCACGCUGGAGAUGAUCCAAUCCAAUAAAGGAGAAGCGGCCUUGAAUGAGAUUCGGAAAAGCUCCAACUUGCGGUUGGAAGAUUUCCGUCCCCCGGGCCCCAUGAGCUCAAGAAUGUUAGAAAAGUUCCAUCUGAACAGUUCUUGAUAAUCCAUAGAUGAAGGCGACAUUGUUGUUCUCUCCUCGCUCCAGAAGAAAAGCUUCAGCAUCGAAAAAGUCACUUUCAUGAUUAUUAACGUCGCAAAAUUCAUUAUUAUCAUUCUUUUCUGCUAGGGCUGGUCAUAGAAUAUUCGCAAAUUAUGUUAUAAUCAUAUAUUUAAUCAAUGAUUCUUUGAAAAUUU